CCAAUCACAGCGCAAGGAUGGUUAGCAUCGCAACUGCUCCCAUUUGGGGUCGGCGCAGUGAUUCGACAUGAUGAAUUAGAACCAAAAUGGCCGUCACAGACCUACGGUGGCAGACAAAAAAGCGCCUUCUAAUGGUGAUUGACGGCUAGAUUAGCCAAUAGGCCUUUGAGUCGUGAUGUCCAGUAUCCAAUCAGGUUGCGGCACACGGCUGCUGUCGGCAGCGGAGAGGAGUACAGUAAGCCAGCCGUCGUCUAGAUCAACAAGGCUGUGUUUUGGAAGCAGUUUAAUAGACACUUCGCUGCUUGUCAGCUGAUGCUAAGCGCAGCUUGCACUCCCUAAGAGACGUGUAACGCGAAACCAGCACAAAACUAGCCGAGCCACACUGAACCCUUGGUCGCUUUGGGUGGAUGAAUUCGUCGAAGUGAACUUUUAAAGGCAGCUAGCUUUUUUUCUUUUAAUACAUUUCAAGACAGGGCGACUCUGACAGCUGAAAAAGACAGGACCCUCUUCGACUCUAGACCUUUAUACAAAAUAAACGAGCCAGGAAGAUACAUUUUACUCUAUUAAAUUGAUAAUUGAGCCACGGGGUAAACUAACCUACAGUUGCUGGACAAGUGUUAGCAUUUGCCAGGCUAACAUAAACCCCUGACAACCACUAAAGCUUCUUUCUGUGGCUGGUGCUGCGUUCAUGGGGCACUUGAUUUAUAUCUUGCCCGUGUGACACUCUUAAAACUUUUAACGACUUACCAAAUCUUAUUUUGUAAAACAAACAUUUGACACUUAAACUCGGAGCUGAGCCAGCGCUUGGACCUGAAGCCAGUCGUGUGUGUGUGUGUGUAUGCGUGUGCAGCCACGGAAUUCUCUUAUCACCGGAUUGUUAUUUUAUCAGUGUUAUAUUGUGGAAAAUGACGGCGAUCGGAAUGGUGCAGAUGUUGAUCGAAGCAGCCGAGUUUCUUGAUCGCAGGGAACGAGAAGCCGAGCAUGGCUAUGCCUCCAUGCCACCAUUUGUCAGCAGUCGAGAGAGGGAGAGCUUGAAAAGGAAAAGCAAAAGAAAAAAAAAAACAAGUAGCAGGUCUUCACAUAAUGAAAUGGAGAAGAACAGAAGGGCACAUUUACGGCUUUGUCUAGAGCGACUGAAAUCUCUUGUUCCCUUGGGACCGGAGGCUAACAGGCACACCACCCUCAGCCUGUUGAUGAAGGCCAAAGAUCACAUCAAGAGGUUGGAGGAGAGCGACAGAAAAGCUCAGCAUACUUUAGAGCAGUUACAGCAGGAGCAGAGACAUUUGAGGAGGCGCCUGGAGCAGCUGGGGGUGGAGAGAACCCGCAUGGACAGUACCGGCUCCACCGUGUCCUCGGAAAAGUCGGACUCAGACCAGGAAGACCUGGAUGUGGAUGUGGAGGGGACAGACUACCUGCUGGUUGACCUGGAGUGGAGCACAAGCAGCGUAAGCAACUCAGGAGAUGAGCGAGGCAGCCUGCGUAGCAGCUGUAGUUAUGAGGGAUACUCCAGCGCCAGCCUGCUGCGCCUGUAGGACACUCAGGAGAGGGCCAAGCAGCUGGGCUGCAGCCUAUAAAACAGCACUGGUCAAUGACCCAGCAUCCAACACCCUUACUUUCCUUUGUCUAUUCCGUCCCAACUUCCUGCAUACACCUCACCCCUCUGUCAUUUCGUUCUACCUUCCUUGCCCUUCCUUGUCUUUCCUCUUCACUAGGACUGACCAAGUCGGAGAAUCCUCCUCCCACGACACCCGCCUUUAUCUAGUUUGCCAUCAGAGGUCAGUCUUAAUGGGUGUUGCUCAUUCUGCUCUGCACCAAUCAAAAGAGUGAGAAAUGUAAUGUAAGCACUCCGCCUCAUUCACCCACCCAUCCAAUCCGUCGACACCACAAUUUUCAGCCAGAGAAUGUUACCACACAAUAUCUCACUGCCUCUGUUCCUAUGCCUCAAGAGCCAUAGGAAGAACUUCAAGAGAUUUCCCCCCAUUACACACACACACACACACACACACCCAUGCACACAUUCCCUUGUGCACAAACAUUAAUACAGACUCAUACACACUCUAGCACAUAUAUUAAUACAGACACACAGCUCUCCAUCGCUCCUAGUUGUCCAACAAGACAGAGUUGUCCCUGAGGAUAUGCUGUAAUGAUGUGCUCACUAGACACCCAUCUGUGCAUGGUAAUUUCCACUUGAAAGUUUUUUUGGUCAACAAGAACUGUGUUGUCUUUUUUUCAAACCUGUAUCUUAAAGACAAAGAGCCCCGCCCACCAUCAAUAACACUCUGCUGCAGCCACAGCAGUGAUUGUUGCCAUAAGUGAGUCAGAAAGUAAGUUAAAAAAAAUUGUACAGCAUGAGAUUGUGAAGGAGCCUGGUGUUUUGGGUGGGGUGGGGUUAGGGUUAGGGUUAGAUGUUUUCUGUCUCUCUCUGAUGAUGGUGGCGUUUUUUUAACAUCUUUUUUUUAUCUAACGUGUGUUUGUUACAAGAAGGUUCGGAAAAGCCACCAGGCCAAAGGCUGGUACAUUUUUGGCAGGUGCUGAUACAUUUUUGUACAAUGUUAUUACUUCAUGGCCCUGUUGGCCCAGACAUUUGAGGGAAGGGAAGAGAAGGGAAGAAGGCAUCUACCACGGGCAGUCGAGAGACUGGAGCACAUUCCACGAUGUAGCGACAGGACGGGUGGGUGAGCCUCAGAGCAUCGGUUCUCACAAGUCGAUGUUCCUGCUAGUGACUCACACAGAGUGGGGCUCAGUUUGAGUGCAGGGUGAGUUGCCCGGCAGAAUAACUUGUGUUGACUUUUCAGUGGGAAUACACUUUGUUCUUGUGUUCAACUCUAAAAAAGAACCAAAAUAUUCUAAAAAAAAAACCCACAGAUUUUCACUCCAUCCUGCCUUGAUAGCUAUUUAUUGUUUCUGCAAAAAAAUAAACAUGUAAAUGUAAAUAGUUUACAGAAAGAACUCUAUGUCUAUCAGCAAAUGUAUUUAUUACAUAUACUAAAUAUAUAGAUUAAUAUAAAUACAUACAAAUAUAUUUAAUUAGUCCUAGCCCAUGUUCUUCUUGUGAGGUUUACAAAAAUGUUCAUACAUGUAGUUUGUUUGCAGAGUUUAGUCACGCUAUAGAAAACAUUUAGAGACGUCUAUUGUGCCUCGAGGGUUUUGUGUCUGCUCAGAAAUCUGCACAGUGCUAUUUGCGAAUAAUUAUUUUUCCCCUGUGAUUUAUUCUUAUUCUGUUUUAAAGCCAUCUUGCCCUAUUAGCGAGAGAUAAUAGAACAAAAAAAAUAUUGAAAAGUUCUAAAAAUGUUAAUUUAAAAAAGUGUAAAAGUAAGAGGAGCUGGCAGGCAGUUGGACAGCAGAGAUGUAUCUGGCUCAUUCUUUGGUGAAACCAGCUCAUAAUUGAUUGGAAGAACAAGAACUCUGCC